ACUUUUGUAAAUAUGAAAGAUGAUAAUGACUCAGCAGUUAGCUUACCUCCCGGAUUGGAUAGUGGAGACCUUGUGCUUUUCAAUCGUCGUUGCUUAUCCAUGUCUCCUUAUGGUGCCUUGAUCUGUGGUUUGUCAAAGUUGUUUAGUAAAAGCCGCUGGGACCACGUUGGUCUUAUUGUUCGAAAAGAAGACGGCAACUUAUUUCUUUUAGAAGCAAACUUGAGCGGUGUAAAACUAAGGCCGUUGGAGGAACGUUUGAAGCGCAGUCAUUCACACGAGAUUGCCAUCAGACGACUAUCUAUUGUUCGCACGGAAGUGUUUCGGGGAAAACUACUCGAUUUUGUCAACCGUACUAUCAACUUACCUUAUGAAACCAGUACCAGUAGCCUUUUGAGUACCAUCAUCGACCCCGUAGAUAAACAAGAGCGAGAGAGACUCCACGCAUUACUUUUAGAAAAGAAGACACAGUUGAACGAGAUUGAUUUGGAACUAAAGGAAGGUGCACUAACUGCGUUUCAAAGACGUUCCUUGCAAGCUGAAAGAGCUAGAGUUGCAGGAAACUUGGAAGCUUUGGAGGCGCGUCUGAACCAAGUGAUGAAAGGCAAGUCGCCUUUUGAAGGAAAGGAAGAUCUCAAUCGCGUUUUCUGUUCCGAACUUGUUGCAGCAGCUUAUCAACAUUUGGGACUAUUAGAUAAAUAUCCUCCUGCUGGUGGUUAUGCACCUAAAGACUUUUCUUCAGAACAAGUCAAUCCGGCUGCUUUACUUUUGUUAAAAGGAGCUCAUUUGUCUGAUGAAAUAUUCGUUCGUGGAAAUGAAGACGCAACAAACAAGAAACCAUAUCCUCUUAUUCAGUCAUACUCCGACUUACCUCCUCCUCCUGAUUCUAGACUAUUGAUUAGAGAUGUAUUGAAGCGAAGUCCUAUAGAUUCCAUGAUUGUGGAUGAGUAUCGUCGUUCGCAUUUUAUUUCGUCUUUCCGAUCGAAAGUUGUGGAGGCUGGUGAAGUUAUUUUUCAUCAAGGAGACUAUGGAGACGCAUUUUAUGUUGUAGAAUCAGGCAGACUAGAUAGGUUUGUAUCGAAAGAUGGUGGAGACUCUGUCUUAGUUUCGACCAUUGGACCAGGAACUGCAUUUGGUUUGUAUGGUCUUAUGUACAAUACAACUAGAGCAGCUACAAUUCGAGCAAAAGAACGUUGUCUUUUGUGGAGAAUGGAUAGACCCACAUAUGAAAGAUUUGCAGUAGAUUUUGCCAAUUCCAAGACGUUGAAAACAUACAUCGAAAGACGAAAGCUACAAAGAUAUGUUCGCAGUCAUUUUCUUUUUCGUCAUUUGGAUAGAAUUUCAUCUCAAGAACUGGCUUCCUUUUUUAAUGUGAAAUUUAUGCCUGGAGAAGUGAUAUUUGAACAGGGACAACCUGGUGAUAAUUUUUAUAUAAUUAAGAGCGGUGAAGUGGAAAGACUCAUCAAACACCCUGAGGAUGAAAAGGAAAGUGUUGUUGGCACCUUAAGACCUGGACAAUCAUUUGGAGAACUUUCGUUGAUGUUUGAUUCACCUCGAGGGUCUACUACAAGAGCCAAAACGGAAGUGGAAUGUUGGGCAAUAAGUGCAGAAAACUUUCAAAGACUCCAUUUAGGUAGUGGAGCAAAUUAUUUGCAUCGCAUUUUUGUUCAGUAUGCAAGUGUCGAUUUAAAUCAGAAUAGAUAUAUGACAACAGAUGAUUUGAUGCGUUUUGCACAAGUUCAUCGCCUGGAUCCAAAGGAAAGAGAUCGCCUUACAUUCCUUUUACUCGCUUUGGUUACGAACAAUCGUAGAAGAGAUUGGGACUCAUCUUACAAGUCCAAUGGCCUUUUACGAGCUGGUUCUCCUCCCAUGACUAAUGGACCCAAUAGUUACUUACUUGGAGGAGUUUCUCUAUUGGAGGGUCGUGAUAUUUUGAUAGACUUUUGGGAAUUUGUUCGAUUUGACAUUCUCAUUAACCAACCAGAAGUGGAAUUAGAAGCUGCCUUUCGCUUAGUAGAUAGGAACAAUAAUGGUUCUAUAGGUUUAGAUGAAUAUCAAGAUUUUAUCAUUCGUUACAGCCGAUUUGAUCCUGAUGCAAUGAAACUAUUAGAAGAAAGGCACGGGACUCUGAGAAAGUUAUUUGGAAGGAACGGAAAUCAUGUCGCUAGUUUUGAAGAAUUUUCUAGUGUUGCUUAUGAGAUUCUUCCUCAAAGUUUAGUUGAGGAUAUUCGAAAGUUAUCACAUUAUAUUCUACAAGAGUCAACAACUACUUCAAAAGAUACAUGGGAAGAGCAAAGUUCGGUAGAGUUUGUAAAGGAAAAAUUCUUGAAACUAUCGUCAUUGGGUUCAUUUCCGCAAUUCAGUUGGAAAGAAAAUAUACUGAUAGAUCCCAUACAUUUCAUAGCUGCAACUGUAGCCAGUGGACUUUCACGAACAGUCGUGGCUCCGUUUGAGCGUUUGAAGAUUUUAAUGCAGCUACAACGCGUAUCAGGUUAUACCAACGAAGAUGCUUUUAUUCGAAGUUUUUCAAAAACCUGUUCAAAGAUGUUUGUAGAAGAUGGUAUCCGUGGUAUGUUUCGUGGAAAUGGUGCCAAUGUGACAAGGAUUAUUCCUGUCACUCUCAUUCAACUUUCGUCAUUGACUGCAUUAACAAAGUGGUAUAAUAUGCUUAAAAUGAAUAAAGACGAGGAACACAAUGCAACGCUUUCAUCUUGGGAGACUUUGUUGCUCGCUGGAACAGCAGGUUCGAUAGCCACUGUGGCGGUUUAUCCUUUGGACUUGAUGCACACAUUGUUGUCCAUUCAAAACAGACGAUAUCAUCCUUAUAACGGGAUUUAUGAUGGUGUUUGCAAAAUAUAUCAUUCGCAAGGAAUUCGAGGCCUCUAUCGUGGCAUUUGGCCUUCUAUCUUCGGAGUAUUUCCUUAUGUGGGUUUAAGCUUUGUAGUAUAUGAAACUUGUAGACCGUGGCUUCCAUCUCAGAAUGAUGAUUAUGGUAAACCUUUAAAAAGUGCAACUAUACUAAUGGGUGGAGUAGCAUCCUUUGCAGGACAAGUGGUUUCCUAUCCUAUGGAUACUUGUAGAAGAUAUAUUCAAGUAGAAUGUACUUCAGGUAGUCCUUAUUCUAUUUGGAAUGUUAUGCGUAGUCUUUAUCAGCAAGGUGGAAUGAGAAGGUUCUAUCGAGGUUUCCUACCCAAUUCCUUGAAGAUACUGCCAGGUGCUGCUGUCAGUUUCUUUGCAUAUGAAUACUGUAGAAAUUUUGUUUCUGAGAUAUCCAAAAUUCACAGCAUUGUUUCUCAAUCUGGAAAGACAGGUGCAGGCUAGCUUUCAAAAAAGUGAAAAGAGUACUCCAUAUAAAUAGGUAAACACGACAACAUGCUCUUAUACAUUCAACACUAUUUUCAUCUUAUACGGAAUAAGAGGCAGCAUAGUCGUGUUGUGU